UGCCGCAGCGACUCAUCCCUUCGCUAAGGUCCAGUUAGCCCCGAGGUGGAGGAUGGGAAAAGAAUGGAGCUGUCCCAGCUCCUCAAUGAGAUCAGGGCAAACUAUGAACAGCUUCUCACCAGAAAUCAGAUAGAGACGGUGCUGUCAACACGGAUCCAGCUAGAGGAAGAUAUAACGAAAAGAAUGGACAAGGAUGAAGAAGCUCUGAAGGCAGCUCAGGCUGAGCUCAAAGAGGCCCGCCGCCAGUGCCACCACCUACAAGUGGAAAUUGAGUCUCUCCACGCUGUGGAAAGGGGCCUUGAAAACUCCCUGCAGGCCAGUGAGCAGCAUUACCAGACGCAGCUGCAGGAUCUGGAGUCCGAGGCUGACAGACUAGAGAAAGAGCUGCAGGAAGUGAGGCGUGGCAUCGAGAGGCAGCUUCAGGAGCACGAGGCGCUUCUCAACACGAAGAUGAGGCUGGAGCAGGAAAUAGCCACGUACCGCCGCCUGCUAGAACAGGAAGAGAUCAGAUAUUAUGGUUGUAUCCAAGGAGAGAAAAAAGAAGAGAAACCUACCAGGAGCAAAGUUGGCUUCCUUCUCCCCUCAGCCAUCAUAAAUGAAAUAUCUUUUUCAACAAAAGUCUCACAAAAGUACGAAGAUGAGAAUGUGGGGACAGAGACCAAGCAGGCAGUAGUAAACGGUAAUACAGUGAAGGAGAGUGCGGAGGCUCACGGCACCGUGCAGACAGAGAAAGUGGAUGAAGUUAUAAAAGAAUGGGAAGGCUCUUUCUUUAAAGAUAACCCUCGCCUGAGGAAAAAGUCUGUCUCUCUCCGGUUUGAUCUGCACUUAGCAGCCACUGAGGAGGGGUGUUUACAGAGUAGACGGGAUAACCUCCCAGACAUUGAAGUCAGGCUUAUCAUGCGAAGGUCAUGUAGUAUUCCCUCCAUCAAACCCCCACCAGGAACCAACUAACCCAGAGAUCGAUCGUAUUUAUCAGGGACACCAGGAUGGACCUAAGUGGGCCGUGCAGAUGCUCGGUCCCAAAUGUAAGCUCUUCUAUAUGUAUGGGUAAUGUUAAGAUGCUGUGGGCUGCAGCUUUCUUCAGAGAACACAUACAG